AAGAAAGAAAGUAAAAUCUAAAACGCAAUGAAAAGGCUGAAAUAGAUCGAUGAUAUAUGCUGUUGUUCAAUAGUAGAGGGAGGGUGAAUAAGUGAAGUACUACACGUCGUUCUCAAUCUUUUUCUUAAUAGUCCUAUAAUAUCUAUAACUCUGCACCUCCAACGAGGGUAGUAGUAAAGUAGGGUUAUAUUUGGUGCAAUAAUAUGCAAUCUCAAAGUUCAGAUACGUUUCCCUCUCACAAUGGCAAUGACCCAAUUUCCUGUUAUGACCCAGCAUUUUACUACUACAAUAGCAGGCCCUUUUCUCCCAUUGACUCUGAAAGCAACCCAACAUCAAAACAAAACAACAACAACAACUGUGACCUCGUUCCUUCUCCUACUCCUUUGUCCUUUUUCCACUUUCCUUCUUCUCCCUUUGAAGACACUCAAAAUCAAAUUUUGCUCGAACAACACCACGAUUUUCUCCUUCAGUUUCACCAUCAAUCUCUCCCCAAAGACCCCGUGCCUCAACCGGCAGUUAUCACCACCAUGGAUCCUUUUGUUAAAAAGAGUGACCAGAUCCAAAGAAAAAGACCUGGCAAGAGAGACAGGCACAGCAAGAUCAACACCGCAAGAGGGUUGAGGGAUCGGAGAAUGAGACUUUCCCUUGAAGUUGCAAAGAGGUUUUUCGGCCUUCAAGAUAUGCUGAACUUUGACAAAGCAAGCAAGACCGUGGAGUGGUUAUUGAACCAAGCAAAAGUAGAAAUCAACCGUUUAGUGAAAGAGAAGAAGAAGAAUGAUCAUCAUCAUCAAAGUUGUAGCAGUGCUAGUUCGGAAUGUGAAGAAGGUGUGUCUAGUCUUGAUGAGGUUGUAGUAAGUCGAGAUCAAGAACAACAACAACAACAACAACAAGAGAAGGUGGAAAAAGUUGUAAAGAGAAGGGUCAAAAACUCUAGAAAGAUCAGUGCAUUUGACCCUCUUGCAAAAGAGUGUAGGGAAAGGGCAAGGGAAAGAGCAAGAGAGAGGACAAGAGAAAAGAUGAGAAGCCGUGGAGUUCUAGCUGAAGAAUCAAAGCAAUGUGGAGAGGAAACAAAUCAGGAUCUGAUCCAAUUGGGUUCUUCGAACCCCUUUGAAACCGGAGAUCAAGAAUCUGGUGCCAAGACAAGUCACAGUGUUGAUGUGCAUCCUUCUUCCUUGGACGUGAUUGCUACUGAGGCUAAAGAACAAAGCUACCGUGCAGUAAAGGAGCAUAAUGAUGAUGAUGAUGAUUCUUUGGUUGUUUUGAGCAAAUGGAGCCCCUCCUUGAUUUUCAAUAACUCUGGAUUCUCUCAAGAUCACCAAUUUGCAGAAUUUCAGUCCUUAGGAAAGCCGUGGGAGACCUAAAACAAUCACAUCUUUGAUGUGACAACAGAAAUGCGCGAGCCUGAUAUGUAUUUGUUUACUUUCCUUUCAGAAAUUUAACGGAGUAAGGUACUUUCCACUUCUACGAAUCUGGUAAAAAAUCAAUAUAUAAAACGGUUCUAUUAUCAUCUCUAUA